UCAAACACUUCCUGUUUAUAUCAGAGGAGAAUGACCCACAGUGGUUUGCAGCUUUAGUUCAUGUCGUUGCCAUGUGUUAAAAAAACACAUUGUAGGAUUUGAACAGAGUCAACAUGGUACAACUUUUGUGCAGUUUUCUGUUCCUGCUGUUCGGCGCGGCUCUGCUCGAGGCGGCUCCGGCCGGAAGAAGCUACCUGCCGGGUACAGGCCGUUUCUGGCACAUCACCGACCUCCACCUGGACCCGACCUACCACCUGACACCGGACCCCACCAAGGUCUGCUUCUCCUCCAAAGGAGUCCCCACCGCCAACGCCGGUGUGUACGGAGACUUCCUGUGUGACUCUCCCUACCUCCUGAUCCAGUCGGCCUUCUCUCACAUGGCUCCGCUCACACAGCAGGACGACUUCAUCAUAUGGACCGGAGACAGCCCCCCUCAUGUCCCUGCAGACGAGCUGUCCACAGAGCUGGUGAUUCAGGUGAUCAGUAACAUGACCAUGACCGUCAGACAGCACUUCCCCAACCUCACCGUCUAUCCCGCGCUGGGAAACCACGACUACUGGCCACAGGACCAGAUGCCGGCCUCCACCAAUGCGAUCUACAAAGCUGCUGCUCAGCUGUGGAAACCCUGGCUGCAGCCUGAAGCUCUGCUCACUCUCUCACAAGGAGGUUUUUACUCCCAGCUGGCGAAGCCUGGUCUGAGGGUCUUGAGUCUGAACACCAUCCUUUACUACGGUCCUGAUAAAGCCACAAAGAACACGACGGACCCGGCGGGACAGUUCGAGUGGCUGGAGAAAACUCUGGAGAAAGCCGCUCAGAACCAGGAGAAGGUGUACGUCAUAGCCCACGUACCUGUGGGGUUCCUCGCCUUUGCCACGAACAUCACCGCUGUUAGAAAGAUCCACAACGAGCGGCUGGUCGCCAUCUUCAGGAAGUACAGUCAAGUUGUCGCCGGACAUUUCUACGGCCACACACACCGAGACAGCAUCAUGGUGCUGCUGGACCAACAAGGUAAACCUGUGAAUUCUGUGUUCGUGGCCCCGGCUGUCACUCCCAUCAAACACGUUCUGGAGCCGUACUCCAACAACCCGGCGUUCCGCAUGUACCUGUACGACCCCGAGGACUACGGCAUGAUGGAUAUCUGGCAGUACUAUCUGAAUCUGACGGAAGCCAACGAGAAACAAAGAUCCGACUGGAGGCUUGAAUAUAUCAUGACUGAAGCGUUUGGACUGAUUGACCUGCGGCCGCUGAGCCUGCUCCAGCUGGGGCUGAGCUUUAAGGCGCCGCGGAGCAAAGCCUUCGAUAAGUACUUCACUCACUACAUGGUGGGAUACAACAGCAGCAUCAUCUGUGAAGGAGACUGUAAGCUCAGCCAGGUGUGUGCUGUGCUCUACCUGGACCAGCUGUCCUACUCUGAGUGUGUGGCGGAGGGAGAGGGAGAGUGGUAGAAUGGGUCAGAGAAGUAGGAUUUUUCUCAUCUUGAUUUUUUUUCCACUCUGCUUGAAUCAUGAAAAGGGUAAAUGUCCUGUUCUGCUGCCUAAAGUUUAUUGCAACAUUUUCACUUAAAUGCUUUUAUUUUUAUCUGCAGUGUUCCUUUCUGGUAUCCAAAGUCUUCCUAGACACAACCACUACGAUGAACUUCACUAUUCUACACGAUAUAAGCACUUGAGAUCAGAGAAAAUGCAGUCAUACAUUGUGCAAUAUGUUUUAAAUAUGUGUACUGUAAUCCCUGGUUUAGAACGUAGACUGUAUAAAACAUGGACGUAGUCUCAGUGACGUCACCCAUUGUGGUUUCUGAAGAGGCGUAAUGAAGCCAAAUGAUGGCGGUCGCCAUUUUGGAAAAGCUAUUGUAGAGGCUAAGCCGACGCUUUAAGCCACUGAGGCGCUGCACCUGGAUUUACUAAUUGACGUUACCUUGUCGGAUGAAUGAAAGUCCAAGUCAGAGUUUACUGCCGAUCAUUUCCUUUCAUUUAUUUUACGUCCUUUUGGUUCAACAUGUCCAUAUCUCGAUACCAAAAAACAUCCUCUUGCAUGCCACUACUUAGCGGUUUUCUCUUCCCGGGUGGAACACCUGACCGGUCACAAAGGUUCCUACCUUAUAUAUCCCUCAAUCACCCUGUGAGAUCCGAUACACAAACAUCACAUAUUAUGUUAAUAAUCUGCUCCUACAGCUAUCUCAAACUAUCGUGUCUAGAAACAGGAAAAGAGGCGGGGCUAAGGCGGGACUUAAGCCUCCUUGCGAACGGCUACAAGUCGACUCGGCCACACUCUAAUUAUGCAAAUGUGUGAAUAACUUUUAGACUUGUAAAAAAAAAACACAAGGACAUCGUUAUUGAGUCAUUAAAAUGUUUAGUACAGGAGGUAACGGGAACUUUCCGGUAAAAUGUCAGAGAUCUCUCAGAUCAGAACUAGCGAUGGGUAUAUAAACAUAGUUUCGUUCAAAACCUAGCCAAUGAUUUUCUGCGUUUUUUUUCAAUGUCGUGUACCCCACAUCAACCUUUCACUGGAGCCAUGAUAGCGGGCCGUUAUUGUUAGUAAGCUCAUCAUCAAAGCAUUCUCCAUUCGAUGUCAAAUAUAAAACAUUCAGUGAGCAACGAAGCUGUUUCAGACAUACAGCGGCCGUUGUCAUAGAGACAAGACGAGUGUGCAUCCCUUUUAUUCUCAGUGCACAGUCAGCACUUUUCCUGCCCCGAAAAAACAGAAAAACACUCACGCCCUUGUACCGCAGUCAGUCAGCAGGGGGAGCUCUAAAUAUUUUGGCUUCACUUCGACUGGACUGUCAUUCAGUCCAUCUUUUUAUACAGUCUUUUCCUAAACACCAAACAAUAUUUAAGUCGCAGUAGAAGGCCAGUAAGGGUUUCUAUGUCUUCCAUAAUGUGAUUUAUUUCAAAUGUGUUUUUUCAUUUACUGUCUUGAAAGUUUGUACGUCCAUAUAGUUUUAAUAAAAUGUAGCUUCCCCAUGUUGCUUUGAGCAUUCGCAACACUUCCAUGCGUGCUUGUUGAAUAUAUGAUUCCAAGCUUGUAGAAAUGUUGGCGACAUGCAUCGAACAUGUGAGGAAUGUCUCAGGGAGAUGACAUGCAGUCAGUAGGUGUUGCAUAAAUAUGAACACAGACAAAAAUUCAUGUAACAUAUCAGAGAGACUCUCUUUACUGUUAUCUGUUUACAGAUUAUUUUUCUACUGAAUAAAAAUCUCAAUUAAAACAA